AUGGAUCAAUAUAUGGGAUCUCAGAAGUUAGCAAGAUAUACAUAUUUACAUCCAGGCCCAAGUGGACCGUUCCUCGAAUUAAAAAAUGAGCCAAUGAAACCUCCAUCACCGAGUACUUCUGCAUUGUUACAACAUAAUCCAAGUUUAAUUGACCAGCGUGCGUUUCGCUUACACGAAAUUUUUGAAAAUAGUUCCACAUCGAACAAUUUAAUUUAUAAACCACUUCUGACUUCACAAAAUCUUUAUUUUUGUAUACCGUCAAUGACUCAAACGGAUUAUUCACCUGAAACAAGUGGUUCAAGUACCAAAUCGACAACACUUCAUGAAUCUACAUCAUCACCGAUCAGCUCUGCAGGUGAUUGUACUCCAAAUGUCUCUUCUUGUGCAACGACACCUUGCUCCAGUCCAAGAGUCAAAAACGUUUUUCAAGACAACUUAUCACUCGAUGCAAAUUGUAUAAAAGAUUCACCAUUGGCGUUCACAAAUGGAAAACGUGAAAGUACGGAAAAUCAUUUCAAUGGCGAAUCAUUCAAUACUACCGUUAAAACCGAACCGAUUUCAACUGAUACUUUGAUUACACCAAUCGAUAAUAAAUCUAUGUCAAUGAUUCUAACGAAUCACUCUUAUGCAUCACCGAUUCUUCAUCGUCUCUUAACGUCUCCAGCCAAGGCCAACGAAACAUCUGUUGUACAAAGUACUUCUGAACCUAUGAACCAUACCGUGAACAACAAAAGUCCGCAAUAUCAACCAAGAUAUUCACCACACUACGCAGAGGAAAGGCAAGUCAAACCAGUAUUUCCAUCCAUGGAUACUUUCAAAAAGAAUUCUAAAUCGUUGCAACAGUCAUGCCGUUCACCGGUCUUCGCUCGACGUUUUCCUGAUAAAAUCAAAUGCAAAAAUAAAACUAACAAUGCUAUUUGUCAAUAUGAUUCGGAAACAAAACCGACGGCAUUGCUUUCAUUAGAUACAAAUGGAAUGUCAACUGAUAACAACAUCCAUGCAGAUACCUCUCCAACGAACAAUCAAAAACGAUCUUUAGAUACAUCCGCAAUAUCUGAACAAGCUUUAGUCAAACGUCGACAGAAUAAGUCAAUACCAAUAACCAAAGUUCAACAAAACUACUGCAUCUCAUAUCCACAGACGGUUCCUCGAUGUGUUGAUUGUCAAACAGCUAACCCCGAUGAUCUAUCGUCACAUCUAGCUGGUUGUCGAUUCCAGUAUUGUCGAACAUUAAAAUAUUCUGGCGACAACAUCUAUGAGAUCGAAGGAUUUACAACAGCAGCGAAUGCUACACCACAAGAUAUUGAAUCUCUAUGCACACCGAAUACUAGUGGUCAACCAGCUCUGAAUCUCCCUGAUGCUAAUUAUAUUUUCAUGCGUAUAGCAAAAGUAUUCUGUUUAAUGUUUCAUCACGAACAAAACGAACGAUCGGCACACAAUGAAAAAAACAUUAUCUGGAAAAAGUACGUGGCAGGCUGGAGAGAAGUGUGUGAUGAAUGUUAUACAACAUUGUUUAAUCAUCACUACAUGUGUAAAGAAUGUGGAUAUAUGACAUGUAUUGAAUGCUAUAACCAAUUGUCUCAAUUAACCAUCGAGAAACGAAAAAAAUUAAAACGUGCUUGCACUCAUGAUGAUCCAUUUUCUCUGUCAGAAUUUAUUCCAUGGUCAGUUAUGCUCAAGUUACGUAAUGGUGUUGUUGACUAUUUAAGUCGAUUAAAACUUGAUUAUACACUAAAAUUAUACAAUUCAGCUAAGAGCGAACACCUUUCGGCAUUUCUGAAGAGUUUGAAAAUGAAACGAUCACAUGAUGCUCGCGAUGUACAAAAGAAGUGGUCGUCGAGUGAUUGUAACAAUGAUUCAAAUAUUGAGUUUUAUUGUAAUGGUCGCUUGCCGGUCUUUAAUGAAUGGAUUAGUGAGAAUGCAAAACAAUUUUUUCGAAAAGUUUGGUCGACGAGUUGUCCUGUACUUGUGAAACAAGUGCACAAGAAUUUAUCGAAAACGUUAUGGCAGCCCGAAGCAUUUAAAGAACAUAUGAUCGAUCAUCGUGAAACACCAGCUUUAUGGGAUUGCGAAACAUUAAUACCGAUCUUAACUGAUGAGACCAUUUUAACUAACUUUUGGGAUGGAUUUGAACGUUUGAAUAUUCGAUUACGAGAUGAACAACAUAACGGUCGGCCAAGAAUCUUGAAAUUAAAAGAUUGGCCGACGAAAAAAGAUUUUGCUUCUGUUUUUCCUGUACUUCUCCACGAUCUGAUGAACAAUAUUCCAUUUAGCGAAUAUACGAAACGAUCAUAUGUACAUAACGGUGUUACAUAUCAUGGUGGAGCAUUGAAUAUAGUCGAACGAUUACCAUCAUGUUUGCUUAAACCCGAUCUCGGACCAAAAUUGUAUAUUGCUUACAGUCAGCUUACAAGUCAAGCCACAAAGAAAGCCGGAACAACUAACCUUCAUAUCGAUGUGUCAGAUGCUGUCAAUGUACUUGUCUACGUUGGCAUAGGUGGUCAAGGUGAUGAUGGAGCCGAUAAAGAAGAAGAAAUUCGACAAGUUGAAGCCGAAAUAUUGGAUUCAAAUAUUGAUGAAGCCCAGUUACAACGAUUGAGAAAUGGGGAACGACCAGGUGCACUCUGGCAUUUAUUUCGUUCUGAUGAUGCGAAAAAGAUUCGUGAAUACAUUGGACGAGCGCAUCGAAAAGCACCUGGUUCUGAUACUAUACACGAUCAAACAGCUUAUCUCGAAAAAGAAGAUUUAGAAAAAUUACGAGAAUGGAGUAAAGUCGAAUCCUAUCCAAUUCUUCAGUUUUUAGGCGAUGCUGUUUUUAUCCCAAGUGGAGCACCUCAUCAAGUGAAAAAUCUACAUUCGUGUAUCAAAAUAGCCGAGGAUUUCGUAUCACCCGAAAACCUCGAUCGCUGCUUAAUUACAACGAACGAAUUUCGAAAUUUAUCUGAAACGCAUACUAAUCAUGCUGAUAUAUUACAAAAGAAUGAGGUGCAUAUUCGAUCAGGAAGGACAUUUGUUCAUGUCAAUAUCGUCUUCGCCGACGAUGAUGAUGAGUUGGCGCCUGACCAAACAUAUUCCGUUUCGGAACAGACGGGACCGGUCCUACCGGACCGACAGGUGCAUAGCCAAAUUCCACGUUAUAAGCUUGAUUUAUCAAUGGAUUAUUGUUUGGUGCAAUUCCUCGAUUGUGUGAUGAACUGA